AUGAAUCGAACACAAUCCAAGGACGAGAUUCAACCGUCCUAUGUGAUUGACUCGGAAAAUGCUCCUGGCGUCAAUACCCAGACACGAUCCCAGAAGACGGAAAAGUUAGAUUUCAUCUUGCUGGUUUACGUUUGUGUCUCCCAAAUCAUUAAAGGGUUAGAUCAACAGAACGUCUCGGUUGCAUACGUCUCCGGUAUGAAAGAAGAAGAUCUCAACAUUCAAGCCAACGAGUACAACUACUUCACGACCUAUUUCAAUGUCGGUUAUGCUGUUUUCGUUAUCCCUUCUCAAAUCAUGAUGACCUGGACUAGGCCUUCAUGGUGGUUACCUGGACUCGAGUUUACUUGGGGUGUCCUCACAAUCGUUUUCUUCUUCGCUAAAAAUAUUAAAGAGAUCUACGCGCUUAGAGCACUAGUCGGAGCUUUCGAAGCCUCUGCUUAUCCGGGAGCAGUCUUCUUACUCUCCAGUUGGUUCACUCCCUCUGAAUUGGCUUUGAGAAUCAGUUUCUAUCACAGUUCACAAUGGAUUGGCUCCGGUCUUCAAGCUGCAAUCUAUGAAGGUCUCGAUGGAAAGUCUGGAAUCAGAGGUUGGAGAUGGAUGUUUUUGAUCGACGGAAUCAUGACUAUCAUCGUAGCUGGCCUUGGUUUCGUCCUGAUCCCAGAUUAUCCUUCGAAUCCAAAUCCCAGGGCAUUCUGGUUGAAAGACAGGCAUGUGAAACUGGCUCAGGAUAGAAGUUUGAGAUACCCAAGAGCCGAUAACAAGAAAUUCAACCGAUAUGCUAUCGCAAGAGCAUUUAAACAACCUCAACUUUACCUGUUCCCUAUAUUCUACAUGACUGCUCAACUUGCACAACAGGGUUAUUUAUAUUUCAACCUGUUCCUGAAAUCGCUCAAGAAUCCCGAUGGCACUGCUGUCUGGUCGGUCGCUCAGGUCAAUGCACUCCCAAUGGUGGGAUAUGCCAUUUCGAUCGUCCUAGUCUGGGGUUGGGGUUGGGCUUCAGAUUACUUCCAAACUCGUUGGGCCAUCAUCUUCGCUCAAGCUGUGCUCGGUCUCAUUCCAGGUAUCAUCAUGUCUGUAUGGAAUGUCCCAAUGGGUGCCAAAUACUUCUCUUACUUCCUCAGUUUCUCAUUCAUCGCUACCUCUCCUCCACUUUUCGCCUGGUUGAGUGAUAUGACGCCUCACGACUCCGAGAUGAGAGCAUUCAUCAACGGUUGUUGUACUGCUACAUGGUACGGUGUGAAUUCAUGGGCCAAUGUACUUAUUUGGCCAGCAAAGGAGGCUCCUCACUACAGAGUAGGAUGGAAGUUGACAGUAGGCAUGUGGUUAUUCGUAAUGUUCGAAAUUUGGUUGAUCAGAUUUGUCGAUAUUAAAUACGUUAGACCUCGAAAUCAGAAGGCUGGUCAAGAGCUCUAUGAAGAUCAAGUCCAGCAUGUUCCGCAUGCCAUUGACGAUGAUGCGAAUGUUACGUUGGAUAACAAACAGGUUCAAGAUGGCCUCGAAGUCGUCCCUGUUCAAAGUCGACGAUGA